AGAGGGCAGGUAUUGCGAUCUCUGAAUGACAGGGCUUUCUAUCAAAGGCGAGCUGAUCCCCAGUCGUUUUUCUCGGGGUGCAAAAAUGUUCUUGCGGAAAGAGCUGUCUGGACUGAGGCUGUCGUAAGGAUACGGUAGAAUUCCAUAGCAGGGAAUUUGGGGCUUUUUCCAGAAUAAUAAUAUUUAAAAAAACAGACGGUGUAAGAGAUAUUUAAAACACAGCAAUAAAGGCAACUGUCACGAACUGCCGACGUUCGUGGACGCGCGUACGCCACGAGCAAAACUGUAAAGUUUUAGAGCAUCUACAGCAAAAUACAUUCUUCCCUUUCGACGAAGUAUCAUCUUAGACGGAACUUCUACUGCUGCCGACUUUAAAGCCUACAGGAAGUAGAAAGUAUGGAUUGCUCAGUGGAUUAAUACCUGGUGUGGAUUUUACGGAUUUUUCCUAUUUUUUUUCUUUUUUUCUUUCCAUCUUUCACUUUUAUUGCUACAAGUUCACCCAGCCUUUUCUUGGAUUACCAAGAACUAUUUUGCCAUUUCAUUGUCAUUGCUGGGAAAGACCAUGUACCAAUCGAGUAGUAAGAAAUGUUUCACUAUUGAGUCCCUGGUUGGUAAAGAAAGUAACUCUCCGGCUGGGGACGAACCUGUGAGACCUACGGCUUUAAGGUUCACCGAAUCCGUCCACCCUCCUCCCUUUGGGAGUUGCUUUCAAAGUACCGACAGGACCUUAUUCAACAGCCAGGAUCUGAUGUUCCCGGAGCCGGGAGCUCACGCUGGCAACCCAGGACUCUCCCUUCAUCAUCUGCAGCUACCCGGGCAGCCUUAUUUUAACCCGCACCAAAGAGAGACUUUGAAUUUCUAUCCAUGGGUCCUUCGAAACAGAUAUUUGGGACACAGGUUUCAAGGUGAGGAUAGUAGUCCAGAAAGCCUCCUCCUGCAUGGUCCAUUCUCUCGCAAGCCAAAACGAAUUCGCACUGCUUUCUCGCCUUCUCAACUUCUGAGGCUGGAGCGCGCCUUCGAAAAAAACCACUAUGUAGUGGGAGCAGAGAGAAAACAGCUGGCCAACGGCUUGUGUCUCACAGAAACUCAGGUAAAGGUAUGGUUCCAGAAUAGACGGACAAAACACAAGAGGCAAAAGCUGGAAGAGGAAUCCCCUGAAUCCCAACAGAAAAGGAAAGGCAAUCAACAUGUGAAUCGUUGGAGGGUGGCCACUCGCCAAGGAAGCCCUGAAGAUAUUGAUAUCAUCUCGGAAGACUGAUAGGCAGAGAAGCAGAAAACACCAGGACAGCUCCAACUUGUACAAACCGUAAUCGCGUAGGAAAGAUGAUCUGCUUGUGAGAGUUAUAAACUGUUAACACUGCAAUAGUGACAAAUUAGAGAACAUGUGAGAGAAAUCCAACACAAAUGGAGACGAGGAGGGG